CAAAGUACCGCUGCACCGAACCUCGCCCUUGGUGCAGUCGGCCCCACGUACCACUGCACCGAACUAAGGCCUUGGUGCAGCCGUUGCACCAGUACCGUUGCACCGGUACCGCUGCACUUGUCAAGGCCUA